GCAAACAUGGGAACCGGAAUACGGACGAUGAUUACACAUUUUCCGACUGCCGAGAAGCCAUCAGCGACGGAGGUGAGCCGGAGGAAGAGAAGGAGAGCAUCGGUACUCGGGGUGACGAGGAGGAGAAUGCUGAGGAAGUACACGGCAGGUGCGCGGCGCCGAGCUUCGGCUCCGGCAGGUAGCGGCACACCUGCACAGGUAAAAACUACAGGUGCGCGCAGGAGUAUUGCCCGACGCUCCGUGGACCGUCUCUCCCUGCUGCUGAGUCACGUCUCCGUGUUUGACCGGCGGAGGAGGCUCCACGGAGAACCGCCGCAAGAGACAGCGCGCGGCGGCGAGAAACCGAACAAGGAGAAGCCCAAGAAUCUCCGCCAGCCUCCGCAGGGAUUAGAGAGGAGCCGCCAGCGCUGGUCUCUCCCGCUGGCGGAGACGGCGAGGGUCGGGAAUGUUGACAAAAAGACGACGGCGAAGAAAUCUGUGAAGAUGAGGUUGCGCAUGUCAUUCCCUGGUGUCGGGUUAGCACGGGAGAGCAGGCAGGCAUCCGAGACGGUGAAGAUGGUGCAGACGAAGAGGGAGCGGCGGGCGACGUGCGAAUACGACGUCUGCUACAAGGUUCUCGUGAUGGGCGAGACGAGCGUGGGAAAGUCAAGCCUCAUUGCGCGACUCAAGGGAGGCAUGUUCGCCGACAACCUGAUGCCGACGUGCGGCAUAGACUUCGUCAAUCAGGACUACGAGAUCGACGGAGCCAAGUGCCGUCUACAAGUCUGGGACACGGCCGGUCAAGAGCGUUUCCGCACCAUCACCAAGUUUCAGUUCCGCGGCACGAAGGGUCUGCUGCUUGUGUUCGAUAUGUGUCGGCGCGAUUCGUUCGACAUGCUGCGCUACUGGCUGCGCUCGCUCGAGCAGGAGGACCUUGAUGCCGAGCAGAUGAUCCUGCUCGCAAACAAGAGCGAUAUGCAGAGCGAGCGGCAGGUCAGCAGACGCACGCCGUGA